GCAAACGCGUCAGUAGAGUACUACUCCGAGUGAUGAGUGUGUGGGUCGUCUUCCCAACCGAACGCGGGAAUUAAAGCGCGGGAAGCAAAUGGCUAACGGCUGAAGAAAAAAAAAAAACAGCAGCGGCCAUGGCCAUGGUGGACAGCCAGGUUAGCUCAUCACGGGCCAAGCCGCUGGUUUUUCUUCCCAUUUUCCACUACCACGGCUAGGGUUAGGGUUAGGGCAGAGAGCUGAGCUUUCACGAGCUCGCCAUUAAUGUCACACUGGAGCGAGCAUUCAUGUCUCCCUUUCAGAUGGUAGAUGGCUCCGCAUUUACUCCCCCCACCCCACUGUGUACAUGCCUCCGCCGCUAUAUAUCUCUCCCACCCACCCACUCUUCCUCCACUCCGGCGAGCUAUACCAAGCUACGAGGUGAAGAAGCUGAGAGUGAUCGAUCGAUCGAGUGUUCGACGGCGGCGGCGAGGUCGAAGAUGGUGGACAUGAACGACGUGCUGCUGGUGGUGUCGGCGGCGGUGCUGGCGGCGAUGUGGUGGCGGCGGUGUUCCAGGACCGGCGGCGCCGACGGCCUCCCGCCGGGGCCGCCGGGGUGGCCGGUGGUCGGCAACCUGUUCCAGGUGAUCCUCCAGCGGCGGCCCUUCAUGUACGUGGUGCGCGACCUCCGCGAGAAGUACGGGCCCAUCUUCACCAUGCGGAUGGGGCAGCGCACGCUCAUCGUCGUCACCGACGCCGACCUCAUCCACGACGCGCUCGUCAAGCAGGGCGCGGCGUUCGCCAGCCGCCCCGAGGACAGCCCGACGCGGCUGCUCUUCAGCGUCGGCAAGUGCACCGUCAACUCGGCGCCGUACGGCCCGCUCUGGCGCGCGCUCCGCCGCAACUUCGUCGCCGAGAUCGUGUCGCCGCCGCGGGUGAAGGGAUUCUCGUGGAUCCGCGAGUGGGCCGUCGGGAGCCACCUCCGGCGGCUCCGCGCCGAGUUCGCCGCCACCGGCGCCGUCAGGAUGAUGGCCAACUGCCGCCUCUCCAUCUGCAGCAUCCUCAUCUGCAUCUGCUUCGGCGCCAAGAUCCCCGACGAGCUCAUCCGCGAGAUCGAGGAGGUGCUCAAGGACGUGAUGAUGAUGACCAUGCCCAAGCUCCCGGACUUCCUCCCGCUCCUCACGCCGCUCUUCACCAAGCAGCUCGCCGCGGCGCGCGAACUCCGGCGGCGCCAGCUCGGCUGCCUGGCGCCGCUGGUGCGCGCGCGCCGGGAGUUCAUCAGGGGCGGCGGCGAGAGGAACGCCGACGGGAACACGGUGGUCGGCGGCGUGGAGAUGGUGAGCGCGCCCGGCGAGGCGUACGUGGACUCGCUGUUCGACCUGGAGCCGCCGGGGCGGGGGAAGAGGCUCGGCGAGGACGAGCUGGUGACGCUCUGCUCCGAGGUGAUGAGCGCCGGCACGGACACCAGCGCCACCGCGCUGGAGUGGGCCAUGAUGCACCUCGUCCUCGACGCCGGCGUCCAGGACAAGCUCUACGGCGAGGUCGUCUCCAAGGUCGGCACCACCGCGCGCAUCACCGAGGCCGACGUCGAGGCCAUGCCCUACUUGCAGGCGGUGGUGAAGGAGACAUUCCGGCGACACCCGCCGAGCCACUUCGUGCUGUCGCACGCGGCGACGAGGGACACGGAGCUCGGCGGGUACCGCGUGCCGGCGGACGCCAGCGUGGAGUUCUACACGGCGUGGGUGACGGAGAACCCGGCGACGUGGCCGGACCCGGAGGCGUGGCGCCCCGAGCGGUUCCUCGAGGGCGGCGAGGGCUUCGACACCGACAUCACCGCCACCCGCGCCCUCCGCAUGAUGCCGUUCGGCGCCGGCCGCCGCAUCUGCCCCGCCGCCACCCUCGGCGUCCUCCACAUCCAGCUCAUGCUCGCCAACAUGGUCCGCGAGUUCCGCUGGGUCCCGCCCGCCGGCGAGGGCCCCCCCGACCCCACCGAGACCUUCGCCUUCACCGUCGUCAUGAAGAACCCGCUCCGCGCCGCCCUCGUCGAGCGCCGCGUCGGCGGCGAGCUCGCCACCGGCGGCGGAGGCGGCGCCGCCGCGUCCGCCUAAUUAAGUACUACGAUAUAAAUACUUCGGUAGCUGCUGUCCGUUGGAUGGCGGAUGGACGGACGGAUGGAUGGAUAUGCAGAUGAUGUCUUAAAUUUUUACUUAAAUAGAGUGUUCUCUUGAUAUCUUCUUCUUCUUUGAUUUUUUUUUGUUUUAUUAGUGGAUCUCUUUUUUCUUUUCUCUCUUGUUUUUAUCCAGGAUUAAGUGUACCUACUGCUGCUUGAUCUGCUCAUAUAUAUAUUGGUUUCCAAGUCGAGAAAUACCUAUGUUAAUUA